AUGGAUUGGGAUGUACAGCCUCUGACUGUCGACGACUUCCCGGAGAGCGCCGCUGAUGAGGAUGACGAAGAUGGGAGCACUGAAGUGGAGAAGGGACGGAUCUUGUUCGGUUAUAUGGUAGAGCUUACACAGAUCUUGGCGCAGAUCCUAUCGACUUUCUAUACGCUAAAGGCAGAGCGCGACUUCGCCAGUCGUGCGCACGAAGGCAUACGAUCACUCCUCAAUGCAGCGAAGCCUUUGCAACUCACACUUCGUCAGUGGUAUGCCAACAUGCCAGCUGCGCUAAAAGUGCAGGACGUUGCUGCGAGGAAGCUCUCCAGCGUCGGCUAUCUUCACCUUGGGUACUACGCGGUCGAGAUGACACUUCACCGACGCAUCAUCCGCUCAUUAUCCCCGGCAGACGAUCUCGAACUCCACAAUAUAUGCCGGCAAGCAGCACAGAUCCGACUGACAUCUGCCAUGAGCUUUGUGCAAUCUCUCCGACCCGAACAUCUCCAAUCCUUUUGGUAUUCAUCGUCCACCUACAACUUCAUACUCAUCGGCUCUUUCAUCUCGCUCCUUUGGGUGACAUCUCCUAGUAGGGAAGAAGCGGACAGAUACCGGGCUCAUCUAGACCAGUAUAGAUGGACCAUACGCCUCUCGAGCAAAUCGGCAGACUUUCUCGAAAGGGCCCUAGUGUCACUCGAUGUGUCAUCCAGUGCGCUAAUGAAAGCCAUUCCUGACGAAAUCAACUCGCCCGAUACAGCGGUUGGUCGUCAGUCCAGCAUGGGAUCAAGUCGCGAUCAUGGUGCGCUUGUCCCUGAUAGCAACAGGCCCGUGUCUGUUUCUUCAACACUUUCCGCUACCCAAUUCGAUGGAGGAACAUGCAAUACAUCGCUGGAAGGAACCGACCUCACGAAUCACUCGUGGUUUGAUGUGAUACACGAUAGCGACUUCGAAAGUCCAUACAAUGGCCAUGAUGUGCUUCUGCCUGGGCAGUCAGAUGUGUCAUAA